CGUGGUCGGGACGCCCGCGGCGCCCUUCCGGAAAAUUGUUGGGGCCAGGUCAGGUGGUCCGUCACGUGAAGGAUUAAAAGUUGUUACCUUGGGGAAGAAGGCCGGGGGGGGAGCAGGGCUGGCUUUUGGACGUGGGCUGGAAACUACAAAACCGAGCUUCUCGGGAGCUGCCUCUCGGCCUAACAGGAAGUGGAGCGUCACCGGGAGGGCGGGGCGGCCGCCGGGGACCGUCCGCUGCUCCAGGCGCUCGCGGUGCGGGCGGUGUUUUUCCCGGGUUAUCACUCCGCGAAUGAGGCAGGAUGGGUGCACGCUUCUGGGAUUAGGGGAAGAAAAAAAAAAACACGCAAAACCAAAAAAAAACCCCACACACCAUAAACACAAAAAAUGAGCAAGCGAGACGCCCCUUCCGUUUUGUGAGAUCCAAGCUGCAAGCGAAUAAGCCGGCGGGCCCCGCUGCAAUCUUCUGCACUCGAGCACCAAGAGAUCCUGUUCCUAUCAAUUACAGAAGCCAUAAAGAAAAUUUUUAAAAAGUUAAAACUUUACCAUAAUGAGCUGUCUCUUCCAGGUCUUACAUGUUCACGGAAGGAAAGCCCAGGUUCUGAAUUGGCCUCUGCGUUCCACUUUGAAGAUGAGUUUAUGUCUUGGCAGCUGAGGGCCCUUUUCUGAGCAUCUAUAUUCUAUGAUCAUCAGUUUUUAGGUAUUGCCACAUCUGCAAACUUCCCGGACGAGUGAUGGGCAUUCGAGUCCUUCGUUUCUCUCUGGUGGUCAUCCUCGUGCUGCUGCUCGUAGCCGGGGCUUUGACCACUUUACUUCCAAAUAUCAAGGAAGACAAGAUGCUCACUUUGCGUAGGGAAAUAAAAUCCCAGGGCAAGUCCACCCUGGAUUCCUUUACUCUAAUAAUGCAGACAUACAACAGAACAGAUCUCUUACUGAGACUCUUAAAUCAUUAUCAGGCUGUGCCAUAUCUGCAUAAAGUGAUUGUAGUGUGGAACAAUGUUGGGGAGAAGGGACCAGACGAGUUAUGGAAUUCUCUAGGGCCGCAUCCCGUCCCUGUGAUCUUCAAACUACAGACGACAAACAGGAUGAGAAAUCGACUCCAGGUCUUUCCUGAACUAGAAACCAAUGCAGUGUUAAUGGUAGAUGAUGACACGCUAAUUAGUGCCCAAGACCUUGUCUUUGCUUUCUCAGUUUGGCAGCAAUUUCCUGAUCAAAUUGUAGGAUUUGUUCCUAGAAAGCAUGUCUCUACUUCAUCAGGCAUCUACAGUUAUGGAGGUUUUGAACUGCAAACCCCAGGGUUUGGGAAUGGUGACCAGUACUCUAUGGUGCUGAUUGGAGCCUCGUUCUUCAAUAGCAAAUACCUUGACCUGUUUCAGAGGCAGCCUGCCGCUGUCCAUGCUUUGAUAGAUGAAAUCCAAAACUGUGAUGAUAUUGCCAUGAAUUUUAUCAUUGCCAAGCACACCGGGAAGACUUCAGGGGUAUUUGUGAAACCUGUAAACAUGGGGAAUUUAGAAAAAGAAUCCAAUGGUGGCUAUCCUGGAAUGUGGCAUCGAGCUGAGCACUUUUUGCAGAGGUCUUACUGUAUAAAUAAGCUUGUUAAUAUCUACAAUAGCAUGCCCUUAAAAUACUCCAAUAUUAUGAUUUCUCAGUUUGGUUUUCCCUAUGCCAACCACAAAAGCAAAAUAUGAAACAAAAACAAAAACAAACCUCAGAACUGCUUAGUAUUUGAGUAGCUUCUCUUUGCUAGGGUUGGUGUUUUGUUUUGUUUUGUUUGGGUUUUUUUAAGCAACAUCAUGAACUUUUAUCCACUACGGAAGUCUCUACAAAGGAAACAAUGUACAGUGCUUCUAGGACAUAAAAUUCACACGAACUUCAAAAACCAAGAAGCUGGUACUCUCUAGAUAGGUGUUUUUGGAGGAGUUUUCAUCCAUGGAUAGAACUCCUUGGUCAGUGAUUUUAUUGUUUACAUUCCGAGACUGUUCUACAAUUUCUUUGACUCCUGGCAUUUGCCUUAAGGACCUAUAUAGCAAGUUGUCUCCAGGAUCAGAAACUCCAGAAAAGCAUUUCUGAGAUUUUCAUUAAAGGAUGAUUGUUUUCAUUUGAAGCCUGAAAUGCCUCGUUUGCAAAAGCCUGUGGUGUAGAGAAAAGCCAUGUGAAAGGAGAAUAAUCUUCAAUCCCUUAUAAAAACAAGUGGACAACUCAUGACUCUCAGUGCUUUCAUUGUGGUCUUUCCAGCCAGCCCUUUCCAGCACUAACUCAGCCCGGCAUGGUUUUGACGCAGCCAUCAGUGCUUUUAUUUUCGUUGAUGAGUCUGUUGUGACUGAGAGAGUUCAUUUUAGUAGCUGAAGGAUGUCUAGUUGUUUGCUUGAUUUUUGUGAACAUUUACUGCAUGGAUCACAAAAAAGUGCAGCCUGUGUUUCUUACGUGCAGCUUAUAUGCAGCAAGGAGCAAAUGUGUUCCUAGAUUCAGGCAAUGCAUUAUGUCCCUGAAUCUGACCUUGAGAGCUUAUGUUAAUUCUUAUAUUUUACAUGAACUAUGUGUUGUUUAAGAAACUUAAAAAAUAAUCUUCUGAAAGAAUGAUUCAUUAGGAACUGAUGGAAGUUAAAACCCUUGUAUUGAAAAAUUCUUAUUGUUAGGGCAUAGGUUAUCUUGUGGAUACUAAAGAGUUAUACGUAUUAUAUAUACACAGAGUUGAUCUCUUGUAUUCAGAGCUGCUGCUGCUUUCUCUCUCUUUUUUUUUUUUUUCAAAAAAGACUCAAGGCAUUAUUCAUCAUGAUAAUAUUUUGAUUACAUAGAGGAAAAAAAAUAAGAGAACUGAAUCAUAGCAGAGGAAUUUUAUAGGGAGUCUGCAUCGAUAAAUUGUUAAAUUGCUUACUCUGUUAUGUGAAUUAGUAUCUGUGUUCCACACAGUGUCUGUUCCUUGUUCAUACUAGCAGCAAGGAAUACUUAAUUAAGCCCGCGUCUGCCACCUUCCCCUUCCUUUUCCUCCUCCUCCUCCCAUGAUGUCAUUAUAUCCGCACCUUUGCAGAGCUGCAAAAAUACAAUAAUAGUCAUGGUUAAUGUUCCAACAAUGAGGUCUCUGUGCAGUUAGUUCAGUAAAUGUUCUUUCUUUACAUUGGCAUGUGUACGUGUCUUAAUGCAGUCAGGUAAAACCAUUAGAACCCAGAACCUCACUCAAAAUCUAUGAUGUUCAUUAUCUGCUUUGGCCAACCUUGAUAGUGAUUUUUUUUGCCUCUUGGAAUUCCACUGGCAGAUAAAUAAAAUAAACUUCUACCUUGCAGAUGUUUUGUUAAUUAAACAGAA